AUGUCACAAAAGAACGGUAUCGCCACGCUUCUGAAGGCUGAAAAGGAAGCCCAUGAAAUAGUAACAGAGGCUAGAAAAUAUAGACAAGAAAAGAUCAAGCAAGCCAAGCUUGAUGCUUCCAAAGAGAUAGAGAACUACAAAGCAAAGAAGGAACAAGAAUUGAAGGAUUUCGAGAGUAACAACGCAGGUGGUGUACAAGAACUCGAGAAGAAAGCCGAUGCCGAGGUCCAAUCUGAACUUGACGAGAUUAAGAAGACCGUCGAAUCGAAGAAGAAACAGGUUGUGGAUUUGCUGCUAGAAGCAGUUACAAAACCAACCACGGAAGUCCACAUCAAUGCCAACUGA